AUGAAAUUCUCCCAAUCCGUCCUCUUCGCUCUGCCUUUCCUCCAAUCCGCCGUCGCCCAGGGCGGUGGUAUGGUCGGCUUCGGCUGGAACGUCGACAAUGUCACCUCCGAGGGUAUCAAGGACAUCAUCUUCCCGAUGGACAUCUCCGGCUGUCCCCACGAGAACGGCUUCUACUUCGCCCAGCAAUUCGGCUUCAUCAACCAGGAUAACGUCGGCUACACCGGCCUGCAGCCCCGUUUUGACAUCAACGGUCUCUCCAUCCUCCACGCCGCAUUCUCCAGCUUCAACGAAGGCACCACCUCCGACGACGAGAACUGCAAUGAAGGCGCCGACGGCGGCCCCGGUGUCAGCUGCGCUGUUGACAUCGUCAGCACCUACGAGCGCCAGUACUACCUCCACGUCCAGAACACCGAGGGCACCAAGUGGGUCGGCACCUUGGUUGAUGCCGUCAAGGGCAACAGCACUCGCAUCGGCUCUUGGUCUCUUGCUGCGGGCUCCAAGGGUAUUGCUGAUAGCCAGCUUGGCUUUGUUGAGCUUUUCCGCUGGAACGAUGGCAAGGACGAGCACGAGUGUACUGAUAUCCCCAAGCACAGCGUCGUGUUCGGUGAGCCUAUUGCUAAGGGUUACACUGCUCACAUUGGUGCUCCGUACGAGUAUGGUGACUGUGUUGACCAGAAUCAGUUUGAGGUUCACACUCACUCCGAUGGCGGUGUUUCUGUCACUGUUGGGUACUAA